AUGAAACGUUUAGCGAUGUUCUUCUUACCCAAUGAUGUUCAGAAGAAUAAAUUUUGGAGGAUUCACAUUGGUGCUUUCAAAGAGAAAAGAUAUAACACUGCUCUGGUCAGGGACACCGGUUUACAUCAGCUUUGGUUCGUUGAUGCCGCUUUUGAUCGGGGACUCAAAGACGUCUUGGCAAACGUUUAUCACGCCUAUCACGUCCUGCGUGCAAACAGAAUUCCAGCGGAGAAUAUAAUUCCCAUUGCCUACGACGAUAUUGCAAACAAUCCGAAGAAUCCCUUCAAAGGCCAAGUGUUCCAUGACUACACGCACAAAGAUGUUUACAAGGAUGUGGUAAUUGACUACCGUGGAAAAGACGUCAAACCGUUUUUCUUCACGAAAGUACUGACGGGCGAUAAGAAACUUGAAAGAGAAGGGAAGAAGGUGUUGAAAAGCGGUCCUGAUGACAACGUUUUCGUCUAUUACUCUGGCCAUGGUGCGUAUCGCUACAUUUCCUUCCCAGAGGGACAACUCAAUGCUGCGGAAUUCAACGAUAUCUUCGCCCAUAUGCAUUUAAAGAGAAAAUAUAACAAAUUGGUGCUUUACAUGGAUUCUUGCAACUCUGGCUCUAUGUUUCUCGAUAUUCUUCCUCCAGAUGUGGGAAUCUACGUGACAACUUCAGCCAAAGAAGAUGAAGACAGCUGGGCAAUUUUUUGUGAUGACAGGCGAAUCGAUGCAUGUCUAGCGACCGAAUACUCGUAUGAUUGGAUUACGGAUUCGGAAACCAGUGACUUGAAAAAGCGUACACUGGAUCAACAGUACGAGGAGGUGAAGAGGAGAACAAAAGAUAGUCACGUGAGGAAAUACGGUGAGAUGACGAUGGGAAGUCUCCCAGUUGGAAAGUUCCAAGGUCAUUAUGAUCUACUGAUGCACCAGAAUGGUGGGGCAAUAGCACCGAAUGUUGUAGAUAAAAAACCCUCAUCUCGGGUGCAUUUGUUCUCAAUGUCUCGACGCCUGAUGGAGGCCACAACUGAGGAAGAACAUGAAAUUGCUUGGCGAAAACUGCAUCGUGCACUUCAGCUUGGCCACAUCGUCAAGGAAACGUUUCACGAAAUCGCCAUGGACGUGACAACCCACCAUAAGCCAACGGUAAAAGGCUUGUCUAAGAGGGAUGAGCUCAUGUGUUUCAAGGCAGUAUUCGAUCACUUCCGGACGCACUGCUUCACAAUUCAGCAGGUCCCAGAGGUAGCUCAGCAUACAGUUCAUUUAAUGGAGCUAUGCAAAGCCGGAUACGAGGCCGAAACCCUCAUCCAGUCCGUCCACACCGUCUGCUCCUAA